AUGAACGACCCGUUUCUCCGCAGCACAACCCCCUCCGGAGACCCCAACAACAGCAGCAAUGACAAUAAUAACAAUCGUCUGCUUGGAUCGCCGGAAGGCAGGGUCAGCGAUCUCGAGCAGGAAGUUCUCGAUGAGUAUACACGGUUACUCGAGAACGUCAACAAGUUAUCAGACGCUCUCGCCACUCUCUCUGACUCCCCAGCAUCCCCAACCCUCGACGGCCUACGACACCUCGAACGCAAAACGGCGACGGUGUACACGCUCCUCAAAGCGAGUGUCUACAGUAUCGUUUUGCAACAGCAGAUUAUCAACGAUGACGAGGUUGCCGCUGCUGCGACAUCAUCCUCAAACACCGGGCAUGAUGAUGGCUAUCAUCCGAAUAUGGAGGAUGCUUCGGUCAUGUCAAGUGAUCAUCAUAUUAUGCAUGGGCAUGGACAUGGGGUUUAA